UUCAACAUUUCUCUGCCUGGAGUCCAGCUGUUUCUGUGAAUUGCAGCGGUCCAUUUGCUUCUUUUUUCUGUAUGCAGUCUGUAAAAAUAUACCAUUUUGUGUCAAAGCUAUUUGUACAGUCAAUCGCAAAGCUUUUACCCGUUUUGGAUGCGUUUUGUGUGUAUUUCGCGGCAUUCACGCUGAAAACCACUCAGUCUUUUUGCCACUCAGUGGGCGUAACCGCAGUCAGAACGGUCGACUGUGACGUCACGUGCAUACGCUCUAUACUUUGGAGGUUCUUGUUUCUAGAGUUCCAAUUCUAGAGAAUGACUGUAGACUAGUCAAUAUAUGUGCCAUCACAUUAGUUGAAUUCGAAACUAGUGUGCCAAGUUCCUACACUGAAAGAAGGUGCUUUAUGUAAACAGUGAAUUAUUUGUUUACUUGUUCAAGUGGACAGCGCCGCUCAAUCUUAAAAGGACCUAUGUGAUAUAAAGGGUAUCGAUCGCCCCCUUGCGGCUGGGUGAGGAAUCUGUAGAGAGUCAUCUAACAGCCUACCUGUAACCUGUUUGAGAACGCAAAUGUCACAUUCACUGAUGGGUGCAUGUCUCAUUAUCUGUGUCAGCGCCUUGAUGGUACUUCUAUUGCAGGAUGCAGCAGAUGUAUGAAGGCAUUUCUUCUCUGUAAAGAAGAUAGAAGUUCACAUUGCCUUCGUAAACUUGCAAUAUGUGUGCAUUAUAAACUUUUCUGUCCGUGACGGUCCGUCAGAGGAGAGUAAGUGUAUGUAGUCGAAAGGAAUGUAAUACAAUUAAAUUUUUCCAUUUACCUAUUAAUGUACAUAACGCAAAUACAUAUCGUGAAAAUAUUAUAUAGGCCUACACAUAUGCUUUCAGUAUGACGUUAGUGCGUCAUCAAACUUGUUGUCAGACAACAGGUGAAGAGAAACUUUCAAAUUUAGCCAUGAUGAAAUACAAAAUUAAUGAAGGAUAUAAAAAAGUGAAAGUAAAAAUGUUAACUCACAGGCCGCCAAUGAUUUUUGUAAUAUAUUAUAUUUGUAAUCUUGAAUUUAUUAUUUAUAAAUUUAUUUAAGCUUUGUUUAAGCCUUCAUUAUGUCAUUGCCUUGUGAGAUAUUGCUCUUAAAAUAUCUCUGCCUUGUGUAAUAUGUGUGCUUUAAAAAUUCAAGAGUUGCUCUUUGCACAUGUUGCCCUUGCUCAGGAUAAAAUGUAACUGGUCUGACACUAGAUAUAAUUGUUACCUUAACAUUUGUUUUGGUUAUUAACCUGCCAACAUGACAUCAGACCAAGUGAAUGAACUUUUUUUUUUAACAUAUUAAUGAGGUAUGAAUUAACUUAUUUUUGGUAAAUAAAUAUUUUGUCACAUUCAUAAUCAAAAUUUGUUUGAAUCAUUUCUCUCUUUUUUUUCUGUGAUCAAUAGUUAAUAUCUGAGUGAUCAAAAAUAUUAUCCUGUGAAAGAUAUUGUAAAUUUCAUUUUAACCGGUGUUAUUUUGAAUUUGUUUAGCAUUAUAUUCAUACGAACGUGCCGAUGGUGCAAAAAUGGUAGUGUGUUCACUGUAGCAUUGUGUCAUUUUACCUUGCUGUCUAAACUUAAAAGAAAAUAAUAUAUUUUUGUUUAUACAGUUUGACUAGAUUCAGUUUGGUGUCCUUUUUAAAGAAACUUUUCGAAGUGUGCAAUUAUAUUAUGUCUCUAAAAUCAAGAUAAAGUAAUUUGGUCAUAGUCAGCUUAAACAGAGAUGAAAAACUUACAAAACUGCACAAUUACUCCAUCAAUAAUGUAUAACAGGUGGGAUCUAUGACACUUCAGACAGCUCUGAUUAAUGACUACCAAUGCAUUUUAUGUUGACUGAACUAAUCACUGUACCGAAAGUAGGCCUACAUGUAUUGAGGGGAAGUCAUUGAACGGCAAAGUGAGUGGAGGAAAGGGCUGCCCAUUUCUUAUUCAUGAUAUUUAGCAGUUAAGAGCUCACUGGAGCUGCUGUUCUAACAGUGCCUGACAAUGAAAACUGUUGUGCUCGUACUCUGGUUGGCUGAUCAUGAUUUAUCUGAAACCAAUUAGUAGAUCAACUCAGAUCAACUGAUAUACCGUCUACGUUUCACAGGUCAUCUUAUAUAUUUUAGCCUAUAUUUAUUUGAUGUAUCUUUUUAUUAAAGCUUUUCCCUCUAUUAAUUAAGUCACAUAUUGUGUUACAUGUUCCUGAUACUAUGAAAAGAUGCCAUGCACUGAUCAAUCAAUCAUUUCUCUUGUGUUUACAUCGUUUGAUGAUAUUUGUGUGCCACCUACUGGUGAAUCUACAGACGUGAAGGAGUUAUUUGUGUUAAUUUAAUUAAUGAAAGUAUUAUUAAUUCAUCAUCAGAUUAAUAUUGUAAUAAUACUUUCCUUAAUUAAGUUAUAUAUAUAUAUAGGUCAGUUAUGUUUUUUUAAAUACGUUUAAGCUUCUAAAGUUUUAGUGGGGCUUAAAAUAAACAUCUUGGCGGUGUAACAGAGAUUGUAAAAUAACAAAAAUAAAUAAUAAAUAAAUAAAAUGAGUGGAGUUCUUAAAAAUGUUUGAAAAUUUUAAUAAUAUUUCAUUAUUAUUACAACAUCAUAAAUACUAUUUAUUAAAAUAUUAUCGUCUGCUAAAUUCAAGUAAAAUAUCACGUUUUUUCAAGGUAAAUGGAGAAACCUAAAGCAAUAUCUGAGGAAUAUUCAUUGAUCAAAACUGUUUGAAAACUAUAGGCUACUUAGUAGUACAUACAUAUAGUACUUUUAUUUAAUGGCUAAACCAGGUUUUAGAGUAUAUAUAUAUGUGCAUAUAUAUAUAGGCUAUAUUAUUAUUUUUAGAAAAUUGUACAUUUUCCCGAACCCGAAUAUAAUAACUGGCACAUGCCAACUGCAUCUUAAAAUGAUUUCGCUUUUCUGUCACGUCGGAUAUCAUUAGCACAUCAGUGGUUGUAUUCUUAAUAGAUAUUUGUGAAUUAUAGAGAAUGAUUUCGCACUAUUAUAAAUGACCAAAAUGUUAAAACAAGUAACUCACAAAUUCAAACAUUUAAAGAUUUCAAGAAAAAAAAAAAAUCCAGUUAAUUAUUGAGAGAAAAAAUGUGAAAUUUUGGAGGAUGAAAAUGCCUAUAAUUGGCAUAUGCUGGCAAGAGCUCUAACCGAGGUGCUACAAAAAUCGCCGUCCGUCCAAGUACAUACACCCACGUUAUUCUAAAAAUAUUCCAACCCCCGCACGAUCUAGCCUCAAACAACACGCAUGGAGCUGUGCAGCUCCAUAACUCUUUUGGAUGGAAAAAAGUCGCAGUAUUGCACGAAGAAGAGCACUUUAGAGAAGUCGUCUUUUUAUUGUGGUUAUUGGUUAGUGUGGUCAGUUAAAGUAUCUGUGCACAUUAGUGCUCGGCGAAUCAGAUACUGCGCCAGUGUUGGCACAUAAAUGCUCUCGCGCAUUGCGUGGACAAGCACUUGUGGCCACGCGCGGUCUGCAUUGCGUCGAACCCCUCCCCCAUACUGUCCUACCCCCCUCUCCCGCUCCUCGUUCUCCCAUGUGCAAUACAGUGCAACAAUAUGUUGGGCAUGAUUAAGGAAUUAUUCCCUCUCCCCUUAUUGAUCGCCCCUUUAAGAAGCCUUUCGCUUCCAUACCCCCUGUCAGUGUGUCCAGAUAAAAUAGACCGCUCGUCAUCUUGUCUACUCGUAAGAGGGAAAUUUUGCUGAUGCAGUAAUGUCUGGAAAUGGUAUGGUUCGCUUUUGCCCCCUUAAUGUAUCUCCCGCCUGAGCUGAGCUGCAGCAUUAGAAUUUCUCAUGCAGUAUAAGCCAUUUACACCAAGGUGCCGCCGCACGAGCAUGAGCGGAGGGAGGACGUUGCGGCUUCAUGUUUUCUUUUAGCCUUUUUUCCGCUUAUUGUCUUUUAGCCCUCAUUUAAACUGAAUGUGAAGCUUUGUAAUACACGUCAAAGCCAUAUUUCUUCCAUUAUAGCAUCGCGUGCGAAUGUCGUGAAUCAUUUCCGUUAUGGAUGUGACAUUUAUGGAGCGCAACCGAACAUUUUGAAAGUGAGAAGAUGUGAAGAAGCUUUAACAAGGGCAUUUUCUACAACAAAAGGGAAUCGAGGGUGCAUUACUGACAGGAGACUGCCGGCAGAAGACGCAUUCCUUCAGUAGCGAGAGGCAGCCGUAGUGGAUGCAGCGGAAAGGAGCGAUGGUCGAAUCAGUGACAACCGCAGUGGGGCCACACUGAGGAGAGAUCAAGUUAUACCCUAUACCCGGGGACCGAGAUAGAUUUAAGGAUCUGGAAUCAGAGAAAAGGAAGGAAAGCGACGCCUUGGGAGGGCAAUUGGAUGUCUACUCAAUUAAAUUAACUCCUGCGGAGCUCCAACUUUGACCUGCAGGAUGACAGUCGUGGCUGGGGACAACAUGGACGAGACCUCUGCCGUGCCGGGACAUCCGCAGGACACAUACCCCCCUGACCACGAUGAUCAUGAAUGCUGCGAACGAGUGGUCAUCAAUAUAGCGGGGCUGCGCUUCGAGACCCAGCUCAAAACUCUCGCCCAGUUCCCAGAGACUCUCUUAGGUAACCCAAAGAAACGGAUGCGGUAUUUCGAUCCCUUGAGAAACGAGUACUUCUUUGACAGAAAUCGUCCGAGCUUUGAUGCCAUCCUCUACUACUAUCAGUCUGGUGGAAGACUGAGAAGGCCGGCAAACGUCCCAUUGGAUAUGUUCUCGGAAGAAAUUAAGUUCUAUGAACUUGGGGUCGAGGCGAUGGAGAAGUUUCGUGAAGAUGAGGGCUUCAUCCGCGAGGAAGAGCGGCCCUUACCAGAGAAGGAGUUUCAGCGGCAAAUCUGGCUUCUGUUCGAGCAUCCCGAGAGCUCGGGGCCGGCCAGAGGCAUUGCUAUCGUAUCAGUAAUGGUCAUUUUAAUUUCCAUUGUCAUUUUCUGUUUGGAGACUUUACCUGAACUGAAAGAGGACCCUGCAGGGCGUAUACAGACUAUUGGCAACACCACCUUCUACUACAAACCAAACAUCCUGACUGAUCCCUUCUUCAUUAUAGAGACCCUCUGUAUCAUCUGGUUUUCAUUUGAAUUGAUAGUGCGCUUCUUUGCUUGCCCAAGCAAAGCGGCCUUCUUUAAGAAUAUGAUGAACACCAUUGACAUCGUGGCCAUCAUCCCCUACUUCAUCACGCUGGGCACAGAGUUAGCGGAGGAGGCGGACGGAAAGGAGGGAAAGGGCGAGCAGGCAACAUCACUGGCCAUCCUCAGGGUGAUCCGUCUGGUCAGGGUGUUCAGGAUCUUUAAGCUAUCAAGGCACUCCAAAGGCCUUCAGAUUUUGGGGCAGACCCUCAAAGCCAGUAUGCGAGAGCUUGGAUUGCUUAUUUUCUUCCUCUUCAUUGGCGUCAUAUUGUUCUCCAGUGCUGUGUAUUUCGCAGAGGCCGAGGAAAAAGAGUCGUACUUCAGCAGCAUCCCGGAUGCGUUCUGGUGGGCGGUUGUGUCGAUGACUACCGUAGGCUACGGGGACAUGGUGCCAGUGACUAUAGGGGGCAAGAUCGUGGGUUCCCUGUGCGCCAUCGCCGGUGUGCUGACCAUCGCCCUCCCCGUGCCUGUCAUCGUGUCCAACUUCAACUACUUCUACCAUAGAGAAACCGAGGGAGAGGAGCAAGCCCAACUCCUCAAUGUGAGCAACCCGAACAUCGCAUCCGAUUCCGACUCCAGUCGUCGCAGCUCCUCGACCGUCAGCAAGUCCGAGUACAUGGAGAUAGACGGAGACAUAAACAACAGCAUCGACAACUUCAGAGAGGCCAACCUCAGAACUGGCAACUGCACUAUCACUAAUCAGAACUGUGUGAACAAAAGUAAGCUGCUAACCGAUGUCUAGAGACACAGUAGAAAUCUCAGUCAAGUACUGACUGGUCACAUAUGAAUGCUUACUUUACCUCCUCUCGUGAGCCCUUGCAAUGCGAAUAUCUCUACAAUGCAGACGAAAGAAAAAUACUACACCAAAACAUAUAGAACAUAACUGCAGAAAAUGAGGCAGAUGAUACUUAGUCUAAUACAUUUCCAAAGAGGAUGAUUCAGAAAAAAAGCCUCCACGAGCACCUAGCUAACGUCCACAGGCAUUGAAGGACUCUCGACGACAGGAUUACUAAAAACUCACGCAUGGACUGCAGACUACAUUUCAGCAAGCUGCACAUUGCAUCCAGGAAAAGUGCAUAAAAGACCAAGUGCAGUGUUCGGUGGACGCCUCGUCCGUAGGUGGUCUUCCCCAACUGACCAGCAAAGCACCUUAUAUGAACAGACUUAUCUUCUGCUGGGAUGCUACGGAGGCCAAGGUCAUCGCCUCAUGGACAUCCGCAUUGCUGCUAUUUUCCAGCAGAUGCUGUAAUUUAGAUAUCACCAAGUGAUUUAAUGCCAUGCCCUUUAGAUAUAAGACAGCACAAUGCCGAAAGAGGAGCCUCAUAGUUAGCAUGUUUAGAUUAUCCUCGUUUUGAUAUUGGCAUGCGUCGGACAUUACCUCAUGACGAUAGGACAUCUGUUCCUGUUUUGCUUUUCUUUUGCAUUCGGUUCCAUCAGCUCCCUCUCUCCAUCAACCUCCUUAUUUGUCGCCAUGAAAAGUGCACUAGUGUGUCAUGAUUUGAGAUGCUUAUCAUUUAGGUGUAUUUAAAGACUGAAUGUUUAACCUUACGGGAAACAGAAUCUUAAUGAUAUCAUAGCAUGUCAAAAGAACCUGCAUUAUGGCCUACUCAACUAAGGUACUGUGUAUCCUAGUAUAUUUAAUGCAUGACAUCGGUAUAACAGCUUGUUGCAAUUGAGAUACCUCAUAAGGGUGUCGUUGUUACAAUCAGGGAAACUAGGGACGUCAAUUCCUUGACAUUUUCUGAAAUGUGACAAAAUAUAUAUGCAAGCCCCAACGCUGGGAUGCAAACUUUUCAAUCUAAAAAGUAGUCAAAGACACAGAAAAAGAACUAUCAAGAUACUAUCAAAUGCAUAUACUCAUACUAAGCGCACCUGUUAAAAAAAUAAUAAUAAUAUUGUAACUUAAAUAGUGCAGUGCAUGGGCAUUCUCUCUCUCCUUGAGAAGAAAAAAAAGAAAAAAAGAAAACUAUGGGCAAUUAUACUUCACGCUUCCAUUUUGCGAUCAAAUUUAGGAUUUACGAUAUCAAAAAUCGCUUAAUUUAUCUUAGCAGGAUGCAAAAGAGAACAUGGCAGAAUUUCUCAUAUUAGUUGCUAGUGCCUUUGACCCUAUCAGCAACCGGACAGGUGAAAGUGCCUCAGAGUAACUGGAGUUUUAGGCAGGGCAAGGGAACAAUAUCUGCUCUGGAACUGUCAUAAUGUAUGUCGAGGCUGGUCAUUACAGUGUAUUCGGAGUGCUUUUCAUUUCCGUUGUCGUUUUGUUGAACGUGACACAUGGUUGUCAGGCACAAACUCAAACAUUUUCUGUGUUUUCAUAUGACAGCUGAGCUUGAGUAUGAAAUCAGACCUAUAUGACUUUUCACAUGACAGGACCUUUCAGAGUUUUCGAUCUGCCUUUCGUUGUGGUUUUGAUUAUGUUGUGCCAUAAUAAAGAGUCUACCUCAGUGAGGUCGCCGCACAGCUCACUGCAGAGCAGAACACGAGAUACAUAACAGCCGGUGAAGUGUGAUGAUACGUCAGAAAUAAUACACUUAGUGUGCCCUAGAAUUAGCCUUUUUUUCAAGCACUUACAACAAACGCAACAAUGCGACCGUCCCUGACCCCUUGUAUCUGUAACGCUCCAUUGCUAAGCACAAUCAACAUUCACUUUGGUUCUGUUGUACGGUUUAGUCCUUUUUAAAAAGAGCGAGAUCUGGGAAGAGACAACAGCACAGACUUUCCUAUACCACAGGGUACAAAGCAGAUUCUCAAAAAGACUUUCAAAUUAAGACUAUGGUGUAUUAAGCCUGUAUAUUAUAAUGACCAAAUCCGAACGCAGACCUAACUGAUUUAUCGAGUUCAGUGUGAAAUGCAUAGAGCGCAAGUUUUUCUUUUUUCUUGAUAAUUAAAAAAACGCUUUAAAAUAGCCACGAUUAAAUUAGUCUUUUUCGUUUCACAAACACAAGCAAGUCUGCUAGACCAGCUCGUAAACAAGUUGCCUAAUCAUGUGACCUUUAUUGAUCCGUGAGGUGUGAUUGUAAUCAAAGGCAAACAGCGGUAUUUUUCCUUGGGCAGUUUCCUAUAACACUAACGUGGGUUUAGUCGCCUCUGUGUCAGGAAGAAGUAUUCAGGGUUUUAUUAAUGGUUUUUUUUUUUUUGAAUUCAUAAAGAUGGGCUUAGCAAACAAAACAAAUCAAAUCAUCGUGUUACUUUUUACCUAGAAUUACCAGGCUACAAAUCAUUUUAUCACAACAAUUUCAUUUGAUAAUGUAAAUGAAACAAUGAUGAAAUAAGGACGAACUGUUUCCACUGGGCAUGUGAGUGGUGAUCAAACCCUAUGGUGCUAUGCAUAAUCCUAUAUUUAAUAACUACACCAUAAAUCAUAGCAAUAGGGAUUAAGUGUAUUACAGGACUGCUCCAGAAUGCUUAUUUUGAUAUUUACCAAGGGCUGUGGCAAGCAAACUUUUUAUAAGAAUAGAGAUUUAAACCUAUUAUAAUGCAAGAGGACAAACUAUUUCCACCAAUGAUAAUGUGUUAGUUGGCAAAAUUACGUUUUCAUGUACUUUACGUUGAGAGACUAUAACAGAAAUUUUCCCUCUUGAAGCAGAUUGUGUUAGUACUGUAGUACUAAGAAGUUUAUUUUGCCUCUGAUAUGAGGUGAGCAACAUUUAAAAAGGAGGUAGGUCUUUUAUCAGUUGAAUCUGUAAAGGUGUAAAUCCAUAACGUGCUACGUGUUAUUCAUUUUUACGUAUUUAUUUGGAGUUUUGCAUCGCUCGGAAUUUCCUAACAACAAGCUGAAACCUUAUUUCAAGAAGGGAUAAAAGUUCAAAUACACUGUAGUGGAAUAAUAAUAAAAAAAAAUAAACGAAUGACGUGCCAUCAUAACCCGAUGUGAAAGGUAGUUGUCGGAAAACGAGGAACCCUAGGUGUGCUCCCAGGUUGUGGCCUUUUGGAGGAUGUUGCAGACAUACUUAUUUUCUUCACCUGCGUGGCCUCGUCUAGCUAUAUUACCAUGUUAUGUCCAUGUGGCACUAUAGUUAACUGUGCUAUAACAAACCCAUGCCCUUGAUAAAACUACAGUAGACUCACAAACGAGUCCAUAAGACAAGCCAUUACAAAUAUAUAGGAAGAUUAUAGCUUGUAUUAUCGAUAUCAUGAAAUAAAAUAAUGGCAUUAGCAUCGAAAAUGUACUGUACGUUGUACUUUUUUAGUAAUAACCUUAACUCCAUACCGCCAUACCAAACCAAAACUCGACAGCAACCUAGCAAUUGCAAAAAUCUGCAUGGUGUAUGGAAGACUGCAUGAGCUUAGCCUUUCAAAACUGAGGAUCAACUAUAUUCUGGUUGCAUCAUUUUUUUAAGCCCUUGCUGUCAUUUGUUCCUAAAGCCAUCUUCAUUAUUUAUACGCCAACGUUAUUUCUGUUCCCUUUUGUUUGGGAAAAGUUCUUUAAUCCGUCAAACUCCACUGAUCAGAUUUCCGUAUUCAGUUUAAUUAUUUAUUUUGGCUUCAUUUGAGAUUUUGCUGUUUGCUUUCAGGAUGCUGAAUGAAACAAGUCAUGGAUUAUAAUGUCGUGGAAUGAUGCAUUUGACAAAACAUACCCAAACUAGAGUCCAUACAGCCAUUACUGACCAUCUCAGCUACAUGUUUAUGUUAGACAGAUGAUGACUCCAUGUUAAUGGUUGUUCCAUGUACAUCUGGUCAAACUGUUCAUGUCCUCUUAACAUGUUUCUGUACGUUUUUUUUUUUAAUCUUUGUUAUGCUAAGUUCUUUUUUUAAUGUUGUCGUACAUUGACAAAGGCAUGGUCUGUGAUCUAUGCAAGGGUUCUUUUGUUUCUUAUGUCAAAUAUGAUUUGAUCAUACAUCUAAAUCAAUAAAUUUUUAAUUAUCAGC